AUGCAGUAUCCCACAACUCGUUAUUCUCUUGGUUCCACAAAAUCAUCUUUACCGUCGAUAUCUUCUAUUCCUUCGUCGUCGAGUGUGUAUAUACCCUAUUAUGAUUAUUAUCCUCAUGAAACAAUUCCAUUAGAACAAUUUCAAACAUUAGCAAUGGAACGUCUAAAAAUAUUGAAAUGUACUGAACAAGCGUUAGCCAAAUUAAAUACAACAUUGACAACAGCUUCAACAACAAAAACAGAUGAAAUUGAAAAAUUAUUACGGAAAGAACUGAAAGAAAAAUUGACAUAUUUAAAAUUUAGAUAA